AUGCGGGACGAGGCAUUUUAUCUAUUCGUCAUCGCUAGCAGGGGUACGCAUGCUGCGUGCCCUAUACAGCUAGCACUCGAAUGUAAUAUAUUUCUUCUAUUGUCUGUAAUUCUUCUUAUUAUUCUUCUUCUCGCCAUGUGCGGCCUCACUGCCAUUCUGUCGUUCAGGAACCGGCCCGAUUCGCCUGCUGUUACCGAAAAAGAAAUCGAUGACAGUCUGGAAAUCGUCAAGCAUCGCGGUCCGGAUGCGCGCGGGCAGUGGAUCAGUCCUGACGGCCGCGUUGGACUCGGCCACGUCCGCCUCUCGAUCAUCGACCUCAGCCCGGACGGCAACCAGCCCUUCCACGACCGGCAGAACGACGUCCACGCCAUCGUCAACGGCGAGCUGUACGACCACGAGCGCUACCGCGCCGACCUGUACUCGGAAUACGACUUCCAGGGCCGCAGCGACUGCGAGAUCGUCCUCGCGCUGUACCGCCACUACGGCUUGUCGUUCGUGUCUCACCUCCGCGGGGAAUUCGCCCUCGUGCUGUGGGACGCCAAACGCCAGGUCUUCCUCGCUGCUCGCGACCGGUAUGGCAUCAAGUCGCUCUACUAUACGUUCGUGGAUGGCAGGCUGCUGGUUGCGACGGAGAUGAAGUCGUUUUUGGCGCUGGGGUGGCAACCAGAGUGGUGUGUCCAGUCGCUUAUGGAUGGUGGAUGGCGGUUCGAUAAGCGGACUCUGUUCAAGGGCGUUCGUAAGGUCCUCCCGGGCCACUAUCUGCUCAGCAAGCAUUUUGGCGAUGUCGAGCAGAGACUGUACUGGGAUCUGGAGUACCCUGACAAGCGAGUUCUGGAGACGCGGUCCGAGGCAGAGAUGAUCGCCGGAGUCCGCAAACGCCUCCUCCAGGCCGUGCGGCUGCGCCUGCGCGCCGACGUGCCCGUAGGCGUCUACCUCAGCGGCGGACUCGACUCGUCGGCGAUCGCGGGCAUGGUUGCGCAUCUGCUCAGGGAGAGCGGCGCGCAGCUGGGCAACGACGACAGUCGGGACCUAUCGCGGAUGCAGUGCUUCACCGUGCAGUUUGACAAGGACAGCGGAGCCGACGAAUCUGACAUCGCACAGCGCACGGCAGAAUGGCUGGGCGUGGAUUUUCACCCAGUGCAUCUGGACGAGGCGGCCAUGGCGGCCAGAUUCGAGGACGUCGUUUGGUACAGUGAGACGCCGACUGCUGAUGUCAACGCAAUGGGCAAGCUGGCCCUGUCUGAAGUGGUUCAUUCUAAGGGGUUCAAAGUGGUCAUUACGGGUUUGUCAUAUAACCCCAAAGCCUGGCUUUUGCUGACUGUGUUUUUGUUUUCAGGAGAAGGAUCAGACGAGCAUUUCGGGGGAUACUCCCUUCUCUGCGCCGAUGCCCUCGCCGAGCCGGAUUACUCGUGGCCUGCCUCCAUCCUCUCCGAGUUCGCUCGCGGAGAGGCCUGGAGAGCGGCACGCGCAAAGGUGGACAUAAUGAAUUUCGACCCAGGCGCGUCCACCGUCCCAGCGUCGACAGCACGCAUGCUCAACGACACCAGCAUCGCCACGGCUCUGUCCACGCAUACGCCGCUCCCCUUCGCCCCCUGGACAGCGGCCUGUUACCCGGACAGCAACCCGGAAACCGCCCUCGCGGAGAGCUUCGACGGGCGCGUGCACGAGGCCAUGGCCAACAGAUGGCAUCCGCUGCACACGGCCGAGUACAUCUGGACGAGAACGACCUUCCCAAACGUGCUGCUGCGGUACGUGGGCGACAACAUCGACAUGGUGCAUCACGUCGAGAGCCGCACGCCCUUCCUGGACCACCACGUCACGGAAUACGCCAACGGGCUGCCGCCGAGUCUGAAGAUGAAGUACGACCCGGCCACCCAGUCCUUCCGCGACAAGUACCUCCUCCGCGAAGCGAUGAAGCCCUUCGUCACGGCGGAGAUCUACGAGCGCGCCAAACACCCGUACAUGGGGCCCGCCCGGUUCGCGGAGAACGGGCCCCUGCACGCCGUGGUCCGGAGGCUGGUGACGCGCGAGAACGUCGCCAAGCUGGGGUUUGUCGACUGGAGCAAGACCGAGGGGUUGGUCGAGAGGGCGUUUGUCGACAAGGAUGCGUUUGCUUUUCGGAGGGCCAUGGCCGUGGCGCAGUUUGUUGUUCUGGGGCAAAGGUUUGGUGUGAAGACUGCUGCUCCAGAAGCAGAGUAG